AUGCUCAUAUUUCUUUCUUUCUUUCUUUUUUCUUUCUUUCUUUCUUUUCACUUUUCUUAUUUUUCUUUCUUCUUCGUUUCCUUCCCUUAUUUUUCAUUUGUCGUUAAUUCACCUUUUUCUUUCCUUCUUUCUUUCUUUCUUUUUUUUUUCUUUCUUUCUUUUAUCGUCUCUAUGCUAAUUUCCUUUUCGGUUCAUCAUUUUCCCAUAUUCAUAUUUUCCCCUCUCUUUUCCACUCUCUCUCUCUCUCUCUCUCUCUCUCUCUCUCUGAUUUCAAUUUCCUUAUUUCUCCUUAUUUUCUUUCUUUAUAUUCUUUUUCUUUUUUCCUUCUUUCUUUCUUUUUCUUUCUUUCUUGCUUACUUUCUUUUUUUCUUUUUUCUUUCUUUCUAUCUUUCUUUUUUCUUUCUUUCUUUCGUUUUAACUUUACUUCUAUGUCUUUCUUAUCAGUUUCCUUUCAUCUGUCUUUAA